AUGGAAAGACGGGCCAUCUUUGAAAGGAGAGUGAGAGAGAACGAGCCAGACCACUGUGCAGUUCCCACUGGUAUGCCUGGCUGCCCCGCCGGCCUCGAGUACCUCAUGCGGGUGGACCAGCUGCUCGUCCAGCAGCGGGUAGAGCUGCUGGAGGCCCUCACCGGCUUCGAGACGGCCAACAAGUAUACGAUCACGGACAGGCUCGGCCAGCAGCUGUACGUCGCCGUGGAGGACAGCGAAUGCUGCGUGCGCUACUGCUGUGGACCGGGGCGGCCGUUCGACAUCCGCGUCACGGACGUCACCCGGCGUGAGGUACUCCGCCUGGAGCGGCCGCUCCGCUGCCAGGGCUGUCUCUGUCCCCAGGCCUGGCUGCAGCGACUGGAGGCGUACUCUGGGCCGGCGCCGCUCGGCAGCGUGCGCCAGAACUGGUCCGUCUGCACGAGCUCGUUCGACGUGCUGAGCGCGGACGGCGACGCCGUGCUCGCGAUCGAGGGUCCCGCCUGCGCCUGUUCCCUCUGCGGGGACGUGGCGUUCAGGGUGCUGACCGCCGACGGCCGCCGGCCGGUCGGUGAGAUCACCAAGCAGUGGGGCGGUCUGGUGAGGGAGGCGUUCACCGACGCAGACACCUUCGGGGUCACCUUCCCCACCGACUUGGACGUGAAGGUGAAAGCCACGUUGCUUGGUGCUACAUUCCUCAUUGACUAUACGUUCUUUGAGAAAGGAUGA